AUGGCUGAAUUCCAACAUGGUCUCUUUGGAUGUUUCGACAACAUCGGCUUGUGCCUCGUAUCAUAUUUUGUGCCCUGUUACCAGUUUGGUAAAAAUGCAGAGGCCGUUGGAGAAGGGUGUUUCCUUUGCGGGCUAGCAUCAAUGGUGCCUUUAGUGAAUUUUUACGCGGUGAUGAAGAUCCGUGGGAAAAUCCGUGAAGCUAAAGGAAUUGAAGGCUCGGCCGUGUCGGACUUACUUACAUGGUGUUUUUGUGGAAUAUGUGCCCUAGUACAGGAAGCUCAAGAGGUCCAGGGAAUGACACCACAGUCUAUUGCCAGGGAAUAA